GACUGUGAGCUCCAAGAGCAAGGACACUUACCUCAUACCCACACAACUACACCAACGAAGUAAAGCCCGAAAGUUCUUGAUGGGAGACUCACGGCGGGAGGUGCCGCGGUGCCAGGUUGAAGUAUUGUAUUUGGCAAAAAGUGCUGAAAUAGCAGGAGUUCAUUCAGAAACCAUUUCUGUGCCACAAGAAAUAAAAGCAUUGCAGCUAUGGAAGGAGAUAGAAUCUCGACAUCCUGGAUUGGCUGAUGUUAAAAAUCAAGUGAUAUUUGCUGUUCGUCAAGAAUAUGUCGAACUUGGAGAUCAGCUCCUCUUGCUUCAACCGGGAGAUGAAAUUGCUGGGCUCGAAAUUGCUAUUGUUCCCCCCAUUAGUGGAGGGUAG